UGGUUACUAUUGCCACUGUAUAAAAUAUAUCGUUUUAGUUCUAUAAAAAUUGGUGCUUUGUUUCUUAAGGAAAUUUUGUUAACGUGCUAAAACAUUGCCCCUAUGCCGUGGUUUUCUUUUAUUAAAGGAUAUCAGAUAAAAAGUUACGAGAGAUGAACAUUUCAAGACUGCCAAAUGUGUACAGAAAGCCACUGUUUUUUCACAAACUGUCAUUACUUAUUAAACGUUUCCCUAUUCUGUCAAAGUAUAUCAGAUACUUCCCAAAGUCAAUUAACUGCAAAUAUUACAAUGUCAAAAGAAUGUUUAACAACUGGAAACUACGAUACAAACAAAUUACCAUCAUCUGAUGAUAUCCAGCAAAUGUCAAGUACCAGUGAUGAUUUAGUUUUAAAAAUAUCAUUACCACUCACCGUAGGUUUCAUCACUUUACUCUUAUGUGUAGUAGGAGUGGUGCUUUAUAAAAGAAGGCGCAAAAUGACGAAGACUGAGAGGACUACAAAAACAGAAGUUAAAUUUGUAUCUGGAAAACAAGUCUAUUCUGAGUUAGACUUUGCCCAGAGUAAUUCAUCUUUUGCAUUAGAUCACUGUUAUCAGAAGAUAUCAAAGGGAAGUUAUCCAUUAAUCGACAGUCCUUACAACAACCAAGAAGGUGUUAAUGACUAUUUAAGGGAUAAAGAAGCAGGUAAAACGGAGGGAAAUACUAUCUAUCAAAAUCCUUCAAUAGAUAUAACCGCAGAUACGUCCGGGUAUGAUACCAUUGCAUACAACAAACACCAGGAAAAAGAGGUUGCGUACGAUCAUUUGCGUCAAGAUGCAAAGGAAACUUAA